UCCGUGGUUAUCUAACCUUGUGAAGCGGAGAGGCGGGACAGGACGGGAGACGGCGAAUUGGGAAACGGGGGUCGCGAGAUUGCUUAGAUGUCAACGAUGGCAGCGGCAGGCGCUUUGUCUUUGCUGAGAUGCUGCAGGAAACCAAGGUGGGAUACGCCUCUCUGCAUAAAUCAUUGGAUGACUUGUUCUUGUCUCUUUAAAUCUUUCAAAUCAAAAGCUGUACCUCACAUAAUCAAAGAAGGAUUAACUUGUGCUCCACUUCAGACACUUACAGAAGAGGAGUUAAUGAUUAAAGAAACAGUAAAAAAAUUUGCUCAAGAGCAAGUUGUUCCAUUAGUACAAAAAAUGGAUGCUGAUGCAAAAUUGGAUGAUUCCUUAUUCCAAGCACUAUUUGGACAAGGGUUAAUGGGUAUUGAGCUUGAAGCAGCAUAUGGAGGAACUGGAUCUUCUUUCUUUUCUACCAUUCUGGUAGUUGAGGAGUUAGCCAAAGUUGAUCCCUCUGUAUCACUUGCGUGCGAACUCCAAAAUACUUUCACUAAUAAAAUGUUUACAACAUAUGGCACAGAAGAACAAAAGAGAACUUAUUUGCCCAGGUUGGCAAAAGACAUGAUGGGCUGCAUCUGCAUUACUGAACCAGGAUCUGGCAGUGAUGCCUUUUCCAUGAAGACUCGUGCUGAAAAGCAAGGGGAUUACUAUAUCAUCAAUGGAUCAAAGAUGUGGAUUAGCUUUGCAGAACAAGCAGGAGUGUUUUUGGUGAUGGCAAACACAAACCCUUCAGCAGGCUAUAAAGGAAUUACAUGUUUCAUAGUAGACCGUAAUACAGAUGGCCUACAUGUCGGAAAGAAAGAAGAUAAGCUGGGAAUCAGAGCAGCAUCUACAUGUCCUGUAACAUUUGAAAAUGUGAAGGUUCCUGAAAGCAAUAUAUUGGGACAAGUUGGUCAAGGCUAUAAGUAUGCUAUUGGAAUGCUGAAUACAGGAAGAAUUGGCAUCGCUGCGCAGAUGCUGGGAUUAGCACAGGGGUGUUUCGAUCAGACUAUUCCAUACACAAAGGAAAGAACCCAGUUUGGAAAAAGCAUUUUUGAUUUUCAGGGAAUGCAACAUCAGAUUGCUCAAGUGGCCAUUCAGAUAGAAGCUGCAAGGUUGCUGACCUAUAACGCUGCCCGAUUUGCAGAAACUGGGAAGCCAUUUAUAAAAGAAGCAAGCAUGGCCAAAUAUUAUGCAGCAGAGGUUGCAACUCUCACGACAAGUAAAUGUAUUGAAUGGAUGGGUGGAGUUGGCUUCACAAAAGAUUAUCCAAUUGAAAAAUAUUACAGGGACUGCAAGAUUGGUACCAUAUAUGAAGGAACUUCAAAUAUCCAGUUAAACACCAUUGCAAAGUGCAUUGCUCAAGAGUACUGAAAUUCCAGAAAUUGAAUGACUGUUGCCAACCUGAUUACUUCACAGAAAGUUAAAUACACUUUGCCUUACUUGUGGGUUGUUUAUUUCCAAGGUUUAGAACAAGGAAACCAAAUUAUAGUAAUUUUUAAUCAUUGUGCAAUUCUCUGUACGAGAGUACAAUAUAAGUGGCUGGACUAUUCAGAAUCAGUAGUACACCAUUAGAAUUCUUAUUUUUUCCCCGGUGAAAUAAGAGGUUAUGCCCUUCCACGCAGCUUUUUAAACAAACAAAGAAACUUGUCUGCUUUUGUAUCCACCUAUCAAAUAUCUAGGAAAUCUUUAUAAGUCUGUUCAGCAGAGGAAUGAGCCUGAGCAUAUUCAAGAAUGUUCAAAAUACUCUGCAGCAUUUGCAUGUCAGCAGAUUACACUAGUGUUAAGGAUCAGUGCUUGAAAAAUUAUCUUCCUAUUUAGAAAAUGUCAAAGUAAAUACUCAGUGAUUGAUUUCAAACACUCUCAAUUGGGGAAAUAAAGCAGAUUUUCAUCCCCUGUUGUUCAGAUGGAGAUAUGUGUAUCUACAUAUGCAUACAUAUAUAUUUGUUAGUAGUAGGUUACCUAACAGGGCAAUCCUAUUAACCAUUGUCAGAACUCUCCUACGUUGGAUGCUCCACGAAGUCCUGUCCACUUCUGCACUCUGACAAGACAGAAGUCAUGGAGAAGCAGCGGUUGUAUUUCCAUUCUUCCAGUUUUCUUAAUCAUGCCCAUUAGAACCAAUAUUUUAGAAUUCUUUUUGAGGAGCUCCAGAGUUCUAAAUUUUCUCCAGCGUCAACGGCAUAAUUGAAGACAGGGAAAGUUUUGGCUCUUAUAUAUCCAGAGCCUGCCAAGUCCCCAAUUUUAUCCUUUUUGUCCUUUCCCAACACCAGCUGUCAGAUCUUUUUGUGAAGGCAGGUAGCGGAGAUCCAACAAAGGAUCUACUCCAAAUUCAGAACUUUCUCUCAAAUCUCAAAGAGGGAUUUGCAAUCUUUUCUGCAGCCCUGGAAUUGCAGCCCUUUUAUCCCUGUACAGUACUCUUAUGUUUGAUUCUUAGCAUCCUGUAUAAAUUAAAUAUAAUUACUAGUAUUCCCAAUUAGCAGAA